AUGGCAUUACUGGGCAAAUGGAAUUUGAGGUAUUUGACUGAACCACAGAGCCUUUGGUGUAGGGUGAUAAAGGCGAGGAGCGAAAAGUAUGGUGACUCAUCUUGGUGGAAAGACAUUCAGGCCAGCUGCGUUUUUGAGGGGUGGAACUGGUUUGAAACUGGACUUCAGAAAACUAUGUUAGAAGGUGACGCUACAAAAUUCUGGAAUGAAAAUUGGAUUGGCCCCGGAGCUCUUGACCUUCGCUUCCGGAGACUGUAUAAUCUCUCACAGCAAAAACGUGAGGUUGUUAAAAAUAUGGGGAAGUGGUCCAAUGGGGUGUGGAACUGGGAAUUUAAAUGGCGUAGGAGGCUUAGGGGGAGGGAGGUGCAAUGGUUGGAGGAAAUGCUAGGGGAGUUAAGGGCGGUACGAUUGACUGAAAAUAAACGGGACAAGUGGGUUUGGAGUCAUGAAGGGGAGGGAGUUUUUACGGUUAACUCUUCUUACUUGUUUUUGCAGGGACAACACUUGGAGGAUGAAGAUCCUGUGUUCAAACAGGUAUGGUCGACUCCAGUACCUUCGAACACUAAAGCGUUCAUUUGGCGUUUACUGAGGGACAGGGUGCAAACACGGGAGAACUUAUGCAAGAGGCGCGUCCUUGCAAGGGGAGUGGCUACCAUGUGCCCUCUGUGUUUACAAGAGGAGGAAUCUAGUACGCACCUAUUUCUUCGAUGUGCUGCUACAAGUCCAAUUUGGUAUGCUUGUUCGGGCUGGCUCGGGUUUCGGACGGUAUUGGCACCGUCAAUACGGGACCAUCUCCUCCAAUUUCCGUCAAUUGGAAGAAACAAAGCGCAAAGGGCAGGAGAACAUGCUAUCUGGAUGGCUAUCGUGUGGUCGAUCUGGAUAAAAAGGAACAAAGUGAUUUUUCAGGGAGAUGCUUUUGACAGUGAUCAGAUUCUGGAACUGGCACAGCUGAGAGUAUGGCAGUGGCUGAGGGUGAAAAUAGAUGGUUUCAGUUACUCUUUGUUUGAAUGGAAGGAGAAUCCGGGUGUGUGCAUCUUAUCCCUUUAA